AUGGCGGAUUGGGCAGGAUUGCCCCAUGACCUCCUUGUUCUGAUUGCGAAUCGUGUUAAAGUGAUUGAAGAUUUCGUUGCUUUCAGUUGUGUUUGUAAUUCAUGGCGAAUAGCUUCUACCAAGGACAAUUUCGAUAUGCUUUCUCCUCAACUUCCUCUGCUAAUGCUUCCCGAUGACGAUGAAAAUACUUAUUAUCGAGAAUUUUCCUCUCUUUCCAAAGGUAAAGUUUCGCGGAGAUUAUAUCUUCCUGAUCUUAGAGGGCAGGAUUGUUUUCCAACUGAUCAAAUGGGAUGGCUUCUAAUCCAAUCAUUAGACGGAGAAGGAGAAGAGGUAUAUUUGUUCAAUCCUUUUUCGGCUACCAAAAUUCAUCUUCCUAAUCAAUUCGCGUUAAUAGCUUUACAGAGUCCUGACGACUUCUUAAUUGAAGAACCCGAGUUCUAUCGCUACAUCAAACGGGCAACGCUAUCUGCAAAUCCAUCUGUUACAUCUGAUUAUGUAGUCGUAAUUUCAUAUAACACAGAUGUUAAUCAUUUGGCUUAUUGGUUACCUGGAGAUAUCAAUUGGACUUUGUUUGACAUGGAUAUAAGACCAAGACAUGGUGGAGUGUGCAAUAUGACUUACUACAAUGGCAAAUUUUAUCUUCUUACUUGGGGAGCUGAAAUAUUCGUUGUUGAUGUCCAAAGUCAUGAUAGACGCGUAGAGUCGCGAUUGAUUUAUCUUAACGAUAACAAAGACUUAUUUCGACAUUCAAUUCAGUACUAUCUAGCUGGGGUAAACGAUGUGCUCUUGUUUGUUGCCAAAUUUGGUAGAUAUCGUUCAGAAGAUGAUGGUUCAAUAGAUACUUGCAAAUGUGAAGUAGAUGAAAUGAAGUGUAGAUUGAAACGGAUUGAUAACUCGGGAGAUUCAACCAUUUUUUUGGGUCUUAACGGAGCAACUUCCAUCGAUUCCACCAAAUGA